AUGACUAUGGGUACGACCAUGCCAGAGGAGCAAGACAUGGUUGCCAGAACAAGAAUCUAUCGUCGGAGGGGCCGCAAUCGAAAGCUGAAAUAUACUUGGAAGUCUGCAGGGCAUCCAACUGUCAGAAAAAGAAUUGGUGAUGGGAAGCAAUGGCGUUCGAAGAGCUGCAAAAACAAGUUUAGAGGCUGCCAUUGUGCAAAAAAGUCAAUGCAGAAGCAGACAGUGCCCUGUUUUGCAGCCAAUCGUGAAUGUGAUCCAGAUGUUUGUAGGAAUUGCUGGGUGAGCUGUGGAGAUGGUUCACUAGGUGAGCCACCUGCAAGAGGUGAUGGCUAUCAGUGUGGAAAUAUGAAGCAGGCAGGGUAG